AUGGCCGAUUACGUUCAACCAACACUUUUAGAUAUGCCUGAAAUUGUAAUGAACCAUAUUUUCAGCUACUUGGAUGUGAAAUCAAUUACCUAA